UUGAAUAUUUUUACGGCAAAUUUUAAUCAAAACAAAAAAAAAUGAAGAAAUUGUUCAUUCAUAUCAUCUUGUUUUGGUCAAUGGUAAUUAUGAUGAUAGAUGCGACAAAAAUGGUGAAAAAUAUUGCCAUUGUUCGUCGACAACGUUCGUCAUCAUCAUUGCCUCAUCAUCAUCAUCAUCAUCAUCAUCAUCAUCAUCAUCAUCAUCAUUGUCCUUGGAAAAUAUUAAAAUCAACAAUGAUGGCAAUCCAGCAUCUCCUGCAACUACUUCAUUAACAAUUGGAUCAUUAUAUCGACCUUUUACAUCUACAUCUAUGAUGCCAGCUCUAAUUCCGUAUAUUGCACAUCAGAAUAUUUAUCCAAUUCCUUAUCGGUCAUUAUCAUCAUCAUCAUCAUCAACUUCAAUACAGCCAUCAGCCAUUCCAGUGUAUUCAUCACCAUUGAUCACAACAAUACGUUGGAGUUCACAACGUUAUCCAAUUGCCUUUACAGCUGCAAUGCCAAUCUUUCGCACAUUAUAUUACAACAACAACAGCAGCAAACAAUCAUCGAUAUGGUAUCAAUCAGAAUAUGUUUCAAAAACGAAUUGAUACUUUAUCAACUAAAGAUAAUAAUAAUAAUAAAGAUAAUGAUAAUGAUAAUAAUGCUCAAUCUGUUCGCUGUAAAAUUACUUCUGAAGCAUCUUCGGCAAUAAAUCGGCCAUUAGCAUCAUCGGAAACUUAUCCGGUUUAUGUAUUACCACCAAAAGAUUUUCAACCAAUUAUUUAUCAACAACCAAGUUCAUUGGCUAGUUUUUUCACACCAUUACCAUUGAUUUAUCAACAACAACAACAACCGAACAAAUUUGAUCAAAUUCCUGAAGAAGUAUGGUAUGAUUUUAGUUUGAAUAAUGAAAAAGAUUUGAAAUUAAAUACAAUGAUGAAAUCAAAUCAAAUUGAUCGAAUUGAACAAUUUGACAAGAAUAAAAUAACAUUAAUACCAGUUGAUGGUGCUGAUUUUGAUAAUUUACCAUUAAUGGAAGCAUCGGCAACUACAUCGGUUAAACAAGUUAAUAAUGCCAAUGACACCAACAUUGUUGUAGCUAAAAACAACAUCAACAUUGAUAAAAUCGAUAAAAGUAGUUAUCCAACUGUAGACGAAGCAAUCAAUCCAUAUAGCAGCAGGUCAGAUGAUGGUGAUGAUGAUGAUGAUGUAGCUGAAAAUACCGCUACAAGCAUAAAUCGUGGUAAAUCAAGAAAAACUACAUCAUCAACAUUAUUAACGAAUAAAAACAGCUUCAAUCAUCAUCAAAAUAAUCAACGAUGGCAAUAUAAAACCAAAUUACCGGUCGGUUUAUCCAGUUUCAUUUUGGGCGGUACACGUGGAGUAAGUGGACGUCAUUGGCAUUUACCAACAAAUAUACAAAAACAAUUGGAAUUUAUGCCAAAUUUAAAUCCACCAAUAAUGACCAAUGAAUAUUAUCCAGAUCCAACAACAAUGACAACAGAUUUGAUUGUCGAUAAAAAUGGACAACCAGAAAAAGAAGAUGAUGAUUAUAAUAAUAAUGAUAAUGGUGAUGAUAAUAAAAGAAUAAAAACAAAACAACAACAACAUUAUAUUCAAAAAAUUUAUUCAACAUGAACACUGUUGUCGAUAGAGAUGAAGAUCUUGAUGCACAAGAAAGUAUAAUGGAUGGUGAUAAAAUAAUAAUAGAAACAUUACCUAAAAUGAUAUUGGCCAGAUGAAUACAUGUUGAAAUGCAGCUAUGAAUCGAAAUGGGAAUCUUUUGGUUUUUUUUGAACAGAAAAAAAACAUUUGACAAUUACACCGAAAUUCUUUGUACACAUACACACACACACACACCAAUCAAUAUUAUUUAAUCAAAAACAAAACAAUACUGGAUCUCUUUA